AAUUGGACAUGCCGAAUGUUUUUGUUACUUGCGUACGGCUGUAAUUAAUGUGUUCUGUUUUGUUAUACGGUCGAUGGUGAAACGUUUCUUUGUUUGUUGAUAGUAUAAACAGGUGUUUAUGAAUCAGUUUACACAUUGACAUGGAUAAAAGUAUUGGAAAGGAUAAACGACGUUUAGACAAACGCUUCAAGAAACCUCCUCCCGGAAAGUCGGGAAAUAAAAGGCAGUCUCAUCAGAAAGAGGUGAAUGUUAAAACUGUUCCUCCAACUGAUCCGCUGUAUGUUUAUGACGAUCGAUAUUCGAAACGAACGAUAGAACCAAACUGGAACAGCCAGCAAGAAUUGUCUUCUGAUUCGGAAAACGAACAGUCGAAAGCCGCUGAUUUUGAAAAUUUGCUACACGUUCCUCAUUCGGUGAGUGGACACUUUUUCCUGAGUACUGAAAAACACUGGGUUAGUGAAGCGGCCGAACCAGCGAUCAUCAGUGGCAAAUCAAACCAGCAAUACGGGAACUACUUUAAGAUUGACACGAAACAUUUGAAUGCUGGUUUUGCCACAAUACCUUUCCACGAAAGAAACGGAUAUCCAGCGGAUAUUUUUAGCGAGCAAGAAAUCAACUCUAUGAAACUGAAAGCAGAGCUCGAAAAAACUAAAUACAAACAACUUUGCAGUAAUCUCGAAGCAAGUAAACAAAUGUCUGACAAAAAUACAAAACAACGGCCUGCCAAGUGCCUUAUUGGAACAGAUGCCGUUCCUCCCCAAUCGGCACAGGAAAAUGUCACCCCUAUAAAGGAACGACCCCCGCGACCUUCACCUUGUCUAAUAGGACCUUGGGCACUGCCACAGGUGCAAAGAAACAAUCCUGAUGUCACCGCAAGUCGCACCGAAGCUAACGCAAUUACGGAGCGAUUGAAUGAGGUGAAAAUAGAAGAUGCAUCUGCGAUCGAGGAAUCUGUUCCUAUUAGGGCUGACACAGUGGUCCAAAAUGUAGCGAACGACGGAGAUAAAGGGGCCGCUGCGAAACCUGAGACGAAAGAAGACAUUCAACAGUGGUUGGAUGACAUUCUGGAUAUGUGAACAUAGUCCAUAGACAUUGAAUAAAUUUACUUUUUAACAAA